GGAUUCGCCGUACGUUUUCAAAUUCCAUUCCUCCGUGAACUUUAUUUUCCCCGACUUUGGACAAAAUUAUAACCCGAUCGAUCUCCUAUCUGCCCGCUGUCUACAUAUAUUUUCCGCGGCGGUCUCCGUUUUUGCUCUCAGUCGCCGGUCAAUUUUCUGACCCUUUAGCGCGAGACCAGGUGCAGACUAGCGAACGCUCCCAAACCGCGAUUAGCGUAGCUUUAGGGAAUGUAGCCCAGACUCUUUACCUCCUCCAUCCCCCCUUGACCUAUCCUCUUGGUCCUCCCUGACAUGUCCCCCUCUCUCCUCCUCCGUUCGCCGGUGCGCUCCGCUUGCUCCUCGUACACCAGCGCGCGACUCGUCGCGUGCAGUUCAGUUUGAGCUCACUCUUCCCAACACAUCCUGCACACUUUGCAGGCGGACUUGCGAGGGACUACAGAAACCUAUGGGUCGCUGUUGUGGGUUGCAGAUAUUGCUAUCCACGGGACCCCGGAAAUCCAAGUGUCAAGUCGACGUGAAUGCGCAGCGGCAGCGCAUCAGUUACACCGCUGCACGGAACAGCUCAAUCUUUGCUCUCCGAAUUGGAUCCGAUAAAGCCCAGCGAUUCUCGGUCCAUCCUACAGCCAGCAGCCACGGUGCCGGCUCCGGCCCUUGGUUUCAGUCUGAGGCGAGGCCACCGGGGAGUGCCGGUGUAGUGGAGGUAUGGACUGUAACUGUGUUAGUGACCUGCUGCUCACGCCACCCGUCCCAACCCUCUGGACACCAGGCAUCGCCUUCCCAGACUGGGCCUAUAAGCCAGAAUCAAGCCCAGGCUCCAGGCAGAUCCAGCUGUGGCACUUCAUCCUGGAGCUGCUGCAGAAGGAGGAAUACCAGGGGGUGAUUGCCUGGCAGGGAGACUAUGGUGAAUUUGUGAUCAAAGACCCAGAUGAGGUGGCAAGACUGUGGGGCAUUCGGAAGUGCAAACCUCACAUGAACUACGACAAGCUCAGCCGAGCACUUAGGUACUACUACAACAAACGCAUUUUGCACAAAACUAAAGGCAAGCGCUUCACCUACAAGUUCAACUUCAGUAAGGUGGUUCUGGUGAAUUACCCACUGCUGGAUAUGGCCAGCUCUCCGUUCCUGCUGGCCCAGAACCACUUCAACGGAGGAGCCGCAACGCCGGAUUGCAGCCCUGUCACACCUGAGGCCCUUCAGUCUUUAUUCCCUCGUUUGCCUGAAUCAGGUCGAGGGCCCUCUCUGUUUGAGCGCAGUGCAGGGGCCCCAGGGCCUGAUGGGGACAAGCUGAGACUGGACGCUUUUCCUUUCCUCGGCUCAGGGGCUCCUUGUUACUCCAAACCUCCAUCCCUGUUGGGUCCUUACCCACGGAACCCCUCUUUUGACUACCCCUGGGGCUUCAACCCCUACCUCCCAGGGGCCUUUUCUCUGAACAACUGUCCCAAAUUGCCCCCGGGCUCCCUCUACUCCUCACAUUUCUAUCCUAACCCGCUCCAAUCCAGCCUGUCUCAGCUGUCACACCCCUUCUCUUCGCUCUUACCCCCCGGAGACACGACCGGGGCAGAACGCGGUCAAACGAAUGGCUCUGCGGGCGGUCAGCCUCCCAGACUCUGCAUCCCACCGUACCCAGGGAACUUGCCACUGGGCCGGACUGAGCUGGGGAACGGGGGCUCGGGUGUGGGCGACCGGGAAAGAGGGGAAACCAACGCUGGUAUAACAGGCGGAGGUCUUGGUUUGGGGUUAGGCCUCGGAUUGGGCUUGGGUGGAGUCGGCGUGGGAAGCGGAGGAGGAGGCCGUCAAAGCCCUUCCGAGCGGAGGAAGGGUGUGAAGCAGGAUCCGGAGUCUGACUCUGAGCUGGAGAUCACAGACCUGAGCGACUGCAGCUCGGAGAACGAGAACGAGCCGGACUUCUCUCUGGGGAAGGAGCCAGGUUUGGGUGGUCGCUCACACCUCCUAGAAGCCAAAUCUGGGGGUCUCGGGGGAGUCUUGCCCCCUCUUUCUUCUCUUCCUCCACCUGUGUCUCCGCAUCCCCUUAAAAGUCUGGGACCCCUGACUCCUCCACCGUCAUCCCUCUCUCCCCCCCUCACUAUGGUUGACAGGCACAGGGAAACAGAGACAAUUAAACUUGCUCACAGUUAAUAUGUUCUGUUGUGUGAUUUUUGAUGUCUUGCAGGUUCUCUCUUUCUCUUUUUCUGUCUGUGUAUUCCUGCAUUUGUGAAAUGUUGCUGUAUAUUCCCAUUUGAUUUUUUUUCCCUUCCUCUUUUCCGGAGUGCUCUGAAGCCAUUCUUCGCUCAUGCCGUUCACAUAUCAGAACUUUCAAUUUCUGCUUUCUUCAAUUUCUAAAUCGCACAGUGAGACUCUCAAUGCAAUUUGUGUUUCGGUUAUUCUGAGAGCAAAAGUGCAGCACAACUGCUUUUCGGAUUAGAAUGUUUAAAUAUCUAAAUAAUUUUCAUUUUCUCAUUUCUGGUAGGAAACAGUAAUAUUGAGAUAUUUUGUAGUCAAAACAGCACAGCAAUGGAAUAUGCAUAUCUUUUCAUGCCUACUUUUUAAAUUGCACCGCAUUCUGGCCCUGCUGAGAUAUGCAGUAUGUUCUGUUUGGUGUAUUUCACAGACUUUUCCAUAAUGCUAAGCUCUGCAAUACAGUGCUCAGAUGAACAGCGUAACACAAGCAAAAUGCAAUAAUGGCAACACUCAUAGUAAUUUUAAGGCGAUUCAGUUGUGUUGCAAUAAAGGACUUUGGUUUUUAGUUUUGUGCUGAUUCCAAGGAAUUCAGAAAUAUAUAUGAUCAAACAUUGCCAUCUUGUGGUUAUAUUUAUCUAAGCCCUUGAACGUUUCUGAAAAGAAACACUGUAUGUUAUUUAUUUAAGUUUUUGUAUUAUUUAAGUUGACUUUCAAUUUUUAUGUCCAGUCCAUGUCUUUUUUUAAAACAUUCAAAAAAUUUUAUGAGCCUGAGAAUGAGAGACAGAGUCAAUACUACUCAUGCCAGUGAAUAUUUAAAAGUUUGUAUCUAUUUCAUUGUAUAUAUUUUAUUAUUGUGUACAUUAUGUUUAAUUACUAUUACUAUAUGGGAUAGUUGUAUCGGUGUCAUUUUACUCUGUACCUAACUGAAGAGUGAUAUAUGAGACGGGAAAAUGGAUAUAUGUGUAGUGACCCAAAGUUGACUGAGAAAGAGCACUUGUUUUGAGAAUGCCGUUAAGACAGGGAAGAAAAAUAUUCUGCUGUUUCUAAUUGUGCCCUGUGGAAAUUUUCCCCAGAUAGCUCUAAGUAGAUGACCCUUCUGGACUGAGUCUCAUAUUUCAAUAAUUCAUUCACCCAGUGGUGAUGUACUAUAAUGAAUCAAGUGUGAAUAAUAUUAGUUGCAGCAUUUGCUAAUUUUUUUUUUUUUUAACCAGUGUUCAUUCGAAUGUUAUUAAGUUUGAUAUAUGAACAUCUGAUCUGAAUGUAAAAACAAUAAAUAGGAGCAGAAUGACACAAUCUGAUUAACAGAUUACCUUUAAAUACAAUUCAGACAAGUUGGUGGGUAAAGACAACAUUUUAUACAAAAUGCAAGUAAGAUUUUAUGAACAUUUAUGAACCUAUGCUAACAGUAUUUCCAGAUCCUUUGGUAAGUUAUUAUCUGAUUCUAGAUAAGAACUUGUUACAUGACAGUUUGUGCCCUUGACUUGCCCGUACUGGAGGAGAUUUCAGCUGUACAUAGGACUUUGUGUAUUUGUGUGUACACACUGAAAAGAAAAAAAAAUACCAUUUACCUUACAGUAAAGCUUUUCUUUGUUUUAUUGUGAAAUUUAAAACAGAAAGGAUGACUAGAACAAAAAAUGAGCAAAGAGUAAUAUCUUCAAGAGCAAUAAACAAUAUUCUUGAGAUUCAAUUGUGAGAGUAUGGAUUUUUCUCUGGAGUUCAAUAU